UACGACAAGUUAUUGGAAAUGGAAAUGUUCAAGGAGCUGGAAUAACAAUAAUGAUGUGAUUAUGUGGGGUUGUACACGCAUGAGUGUGUGUGUGGAUGCCGGCAUCAGACGUGAGCAAAGUCUGCGAUUCAGCAUACAGCGCCACUGUGCAGGCUGCAGCGCACAUCAGUGAGCCUUGAAGAGGCGCGGAGACGCAAACCACCAACACCAAGAACCAGCCGGGUUCCGACAUGGCACAAGAAGGACCAGAUAUGACGGAGGAAACCGAGUGCAUGAUAGACAGAGACGUUGCGAAGAAGCUGGGAGGCGUAGAAUCUUCCGGGAAUGUUAAAGAGAUGCGGGCGGUGGUGUUGUCAGGCUUUGGGGGGCUCAACAAACUCCGUGUGACAAAGAAGCCAAUGCCAGAGCCUCAGCGUGGUGAAGUGAAGAUCCGCGUUAAAGCAUGUGGUUUAAAUUUCCUGGAUUUGAUGGUACGGCAGGGAACUAUUGACUGUCCUCCCAAACCACCGCUUAUUCCCGGCUUUGAAUGCUGCGGAAUUGUGGAGUCCGUGGGUGAAACUACAAAGAGAUUUGAGAUCGGUGAUAGAGUCAUGGCAUUUGUCAACUACAAUGCCUGGGCAGAAGUUGUCUGCGCACCAGAGGAGUUUGUGUACAAAUUGCCAGAAGAAAUGACUUUUGCAGAGGCCGCAGCAUUCGCUCUGAACUUUGUCGCUGCCUACAUGAUGCUCUUUGAGGUGGCCAACCUCCGAGAGGGAAUGUCAGUGCUGGUGCACUCAGCUGGAGGCGCUGUUGGCCAAGCUGUGACUCAGCUGUGCUCCACGCUACCUAAUGUCACUGUCUUUGGGGUCGCUUCAAGUUUCAAACACGCCGCCAUCAGAGACUCUGUGACUCAUCUCUUUGACAGAAAUGCUGAUUACAUACAAGAAGUCAAAAAGAUAUCUCCAGAGGGAGUAGACAUUGUGUUGGACUGUCUUUGUGGGGAAAACACAGGCAAAGGCCUCAGUCUGCUGAAGCCAUUGGGAACGUACAUCCUCUAUGGCGCAUCAAACAUGGUAACUGGGGAGACAAAGAGUUUCUUCAGCUUUGCAAAAUCUUGGUGGCAGGUGGAGAAGGUGAACCCUAUUAAACUGUACGAGGAAAACAAAGUCAUAGCAGGAUUCUCGCUCCUCAACCUCCUCUUCAAGCAGGGAAGAUCCUGUCUGGUGAAAUCAGUGAUGGACAAACUUUUGUGUCUCUACAACCAAAGAAAGAUAAAGCCAGUGGUGGACUCACUGUGGGCUUUGGAGGAGGUUAAAGAGGCCAUGCAGAGAAUUCAUGACAGAGGAAAUAUUGGAAAACUCAUUCUGGAUGUCGAGAAGUCGCCUACUCCCUUGAUGGCCAGUGACAGUACUGAGACCAGUGAAGCGGGAGAGGAGGAAGAGGAGCCUGAGGGAGACAAUGACAGCAAAGAGCGCAUGCCUUUUAUCCAUUAGGCCAGACGUGACAUGCUAUGAGGUUCACCUUGUAGAGUCCCGGUGGCAGAGUACAGUCUGUGUGCAUGUCAUGUACUUUUGUAAGUAUUCAUGUUGUUUGUUGUUACUUGCACAUUUUGACUUGUAUGAAGUACAUUGUUACAUGAAGAAAUAUCAUGUUUUUGUUCCACAAUCAUUUGAAACUGUGCUACAUCUAGUGAGACAAUUAUUACCUCAGUUCAUAGUGACUUCAUAUGCGAUUAGGCCCAUUAACCUGCUGUAAUCAUAGACGCUCAACUGCAUAACAAAAAUGUUAAAUGCUCCCUGUUCUUGAUGAUGACCGAUGCCAUGUGUCACAUUUCUUGUCCCAAAAAAUGCAUAAUGCAUUGAGAAAGUGAACGCAUGCUUGUAAUUGGUAGGCAACCUUAGGUGCCAAUCCUGGUAUGUUAUGUGACACAUUGUGCCUUUAAGUGCUUGAUACUUGAAACGUUUUCCCUGUUAACAUUAGUCCAGUGCUUCUCAAAUAGUGGGGGGGGAGGGCGAGAGAAGCAGGAAGGACUUUCAGUAUUAGAGUAAACCUGCCAACAUUUAUGAAUUUGUCGUACUCUGCAUGCAUUUGACUCGUGAAUACGCUCGUAUGCUUCACCGCUAUCCAUUUUGUUGCAUUUCGCUGGUUUCAAUUUGAAGUUCAGUCCGUACAGUGCAGAUAAAUAAUGAGAUAUUAUCCAUUUCCUGCGAUUGGCUGGCGACCGGUCCAGGGUGUACCCCGCCUCUCGCCCCAAAGUCAGCCGGGAUAGGCUCCAGCAUACCCUCGCGACCCUAGUGAGGACAAACGGAAUAGAAAAUGGAUGGAUUAGCAGUUUCUCAAUAGUGUUUCAAAUCGGGGGGUAGGGGUGCAAAAACAUGUCCGUCCCCCAGUGGGGGCAUGACAGAAAAUAAUAGAGAACCGCUGCAUUAGGCUAACAGUGAACAAACCAUCAAAAGAGAUAUUUAUUCAUAAAACAUGAAGAAAUGACCCUUAACAAAAUGUGUUAUAUUUGUUUCCAAGUAUGACAAUCUUUCUUUGUCACGAUGGCUUUAGCACAGGGGUGUCCAUUUGUGGAAAAUUUACAAGAAGAAAGUUGAAAUUGUUGGAAAAUUAAAAACAAAAACCCAACAACAGCCGAAAUGGAAAAAACAGCUGUAAUUUUGCAAGAAUAGAGUCAAAAUGUAAACAGAAAAAUUAAACAUUUUGCAAGAGUAAACUUGUAAUAUUAUGAGCAAAAACGACGUCAUUUUUGUAGCAUAGAGUAGAAAUAUUAAAGAAAAAAUAUGUAUUUUUUAAAAGUUGUAACAUCAUGAGAAACAAACAAUGCAAAAAGUUCUAUUUUUUGGAAUAUUAGGUUGGGGAUAAAGUUACAACAUUAUGGGAAUAAAGUCAUAAGUCAAUAAGUCAUAAUAUUAUACAUAUUAUUAUACAAAAAGAAAAUUGAUGACGAUUACAGCAAAAAUGGAGGAAAAAAGAGCAAGAGACCGAAGUUCAUACUAAUAAUAUGCUUUUUCACCUAUAUCACAAAGCUGAGAUGCAGUUUGUUCUUAAAAUAUACAGUCAUGGGAAAAAUGAUUAGACCACCCUUGUUUCUUCAGUUUCGUGUUCAUUUUAAUGCCUGAUACAACUAAAGGUACUUUUGUUUGGACAAAUAUAACAAUGACAACAAAAAUAGCUCAUUAGAGUUACAUUUUUUGGCAGUACAAUGCUGUACUGUAGCUAUUAAGUUAAGUGAUUUUGGUUUUUAGCAAGAAAAACAUGGAAGUUGCUAGAUAUCAGCUCUUAAAUUCAACUCUUAUGAGGUAUAUUUGUUAUCAUCAUUAUAUUUGUCCAAACAAAUGUACCUUUAGUUGUACCAGGCAUUAAAAUGGAUCAAUAAACUGAAGAAACAAGGGUGGCCUAAUCAUUUUUCCCAUGACUGUACAUACCCUAUUAAGCAUAUCUACAGUACAUGUGGCUUACAAAAUAUCAAAGUGGCCUUUUCCAUCCUUUCAUUUUUCGGUACGUGGCCCUCGGUGAAAAAGGUUUGGACGCCCCUGCUCUAGCAGGACUUAAUCUGAGUUUGAAAGGUAAAGUUUCUAAUCCACUUCAGUACAAACAUGACAAAUGGGAACAAAUCAGAAUGUGCGAAGAGGAGAAGGAUGAUUUCAUCAGUCAGACUGCCAAUUGGGAAAACUUUUUUUGACCUGUCUGAGCAAAGUUACUGUAUUUACUGUACUUGCCAGUGCCUGAAAACAAGCGUGGCCUGAUAGAUUCGCUAUUUUCAGAAUGAACAUCUUUGCACUUAGAUGUCAAAUAGAAAUGCUGGACUGUCUGUACUACACCCUGAUGUCUUAUUCAGAUGAGGUAUGUCAUUUUGUAAUUUGACAUAACUAUCUUAAGACAUUUUCUUACCUGUCAACACCUUCAAAAUGAUCACGUCAUUAAAACCAGCUAACACCGAAAGGAAUAUUGAUUAUUAUGAAGAUUUAAUAGUAUAUUAUGUAGACACUUCAAAUUCAUAUCAGUACUGCAUAGAAAUGCUUUACAUACUGUAUGUGUGUGUGUCAGAGAGCAGGAAAAAGUGCAUGUUUAUGUUUGUGUGCAUAUAUUUGUGCUAGGGAUGCUCUGAUCAGUCUUUUAUUCUGUCGAUUUCGAUCAUCCAGGACUUAAAUCGGCCGAUGCCAAUCACAUGCAUGAAUUAUACAUUUUUCAGUUUAUCUAUGAUGAGUGCUAUUGGCCAGGCUUGCAGUGUAAAGGGGAAAAGUCAGGACAAUUCCAAGUUCCCUUGGCUGCCAGGCCGCCCAAAAAAUAGGUAAUUACUAAUAAAAUUAGUAAUUCAUUAAUGGAGGCUGAACGAUCGGAGCAUCCCUAGUUUGUGCUAAUGUGUUACUCAUAUUGUGUUGACGAAAAGGAAAACAGAAUUUGGUUUUGGGUUUGCUUUUUGGAUACAUCCGUGGCCACUAUUUUAGUCUCUCAUUGUCCACUUUGCUUACAUGAAUAAAUUGAUCAGCAAAGCAAUGAGGCAAUGAAUUUG